UAUAUGCUAUAUAGAGAGAGACUUGGAGGAAUAAUUGAUACAAGCUAGCUAAGCUUCACAUCAACAUGGCAAUACUACAGGGUUCCUUAGAUUGUGAGGGCAAGCCCAUCAACAAAGAGAGAUAUAAUGGAACUAAGGCUUCAUGGCUUAUUUGCUUUGCUGUUACUAUGAUGAAUGCGGCUUAUAUUCCAAACUUGAUGAACUUGGUGACUUACCUUCAUAACAUAAUGCAUAUGGAUAUUGCAACCUCAUCAACCACUGUUACUAACCUUAGUGGAGCUCUGGCUGGAUUUUCUUUGCUCGGAGGGUUCCUUACUGACUCAUAUAUCACUAGAUUCAAGGGCAUAAUCAUCUUUGGUCCCCUGGAGAUUCUGGGGUAUGGAUUGCUAGCAUUGCAAGCUCAUCUUCCAUCACUACAACCACCAACAUGUGACAUUUCCAACCAAUCAAGCAAUUGUAAGCAGGUCCAUGGCUAUAAUGCUGUUAUACUUUACAUAGCCUUGUACACUGUAAUCUUGGGUGAGGGUUUUAUGCGAUCAAUCCUUCCAUCCUUUGGGGGAGACCAGUUUGGUGAAGAAGAAACUGAGCUCCAGCGCCAGUCUAGCUUCUUCAACUGGUACACUCUUGGCAUCUCAAUUGGAGGAAUAAUAGGUCUAGUUUUCGUAGUAUGGUUCCAGAACUAUAAAGGCUGGGACCUUGGUUUCGCUCUAUGCGCAGCCAUUGUUAUGCUUGGGAUCAUAGUUCUUGCUUUUGGCUUUAAAUUCUACCGGCAUCAAAUUCCCAGUGGUAGCCCUUUCACUCGGAUGCUUCAGGUCAUGGUGGCUGCAUUUAAAAAGAGAAAGCUUCCCUUACCUGAAAAUGAAGAUGAGUUGUAUAAAGAUAUGUCCAAGGAAGAGAUUUUGGGUGGAGAGUUACUACAACACACAAAGGGUUUCAAAUUCUUGGAUAAAGCUUCAAUCAUGGAUGGGAAAACAGGGAAGUGGAUGCUUUGCACUGUGACCCAAGUGGAGGAACUAAAAAUCAUCUUUAGAAUGUGUCCUAUCUUUGUUAGCUCUGUGGUUGCUUACAUUCCCCUCCCACUGAUCAUGACUUUCACUGUUCAACAAGGGGGAACAAUGGACAAUAGGCUAGGGAAGAUUCAUAUAUCUCCUGCAUCCCUCAUGAUAAUCCCAAUAGUUUUACAGACAAUACUACUUGUUCUUUAUGAUAGGUUAUUUGUGCCAUUUGCAAGGAAGAUAACUGGAUAUAGAACUGGAAUCACUUAUUUGCAAAGGGUAGCUAUUGGGUUUAUAUCAGGAACAGUAGCAACUUGUAUAGCUGCUGUAAUAGAGAAGAAAAGGAAGAGUGUGGCUAGGGAUCAUGGACUAAUUGACUCUGGAGACCAGAUACCCAUGUCUGUAUUUUGGCUUGGAUUACAGUUCUUUGCUUUGGGCAUCAAUGAUGCAAUCACAUUUGUUGGGUUAUUAGAGUUCUUCAAUAGUGAGGUCUCAAAGGGAAUGAAGUCUAUAGGAACUGCCAUUUUUUGGUGUAUACUAGGGUUGACAUCUCUGAUUGGAUCUAUUCUAGUGAAUGUAGUAAACAAAGCUACAAGCCAUCCUGGUAAAGGAGAGAUUGGGUGGUUGGAGGGGAAUAACUUAAACAAGAACCAUCUUGACCGUUUCUAUUGGCUGCUUACAAUACUUGGAUUGGUGGGUUACUUGAACUAUCUGUUUUGGGCAAAGAGAUAUGUAUAUAGGAGAGAUUAUCUUGUUCCAAAAGAUUGAGAAUUUUAUAUCUAUGAGGAAUAAUUGUAUAUUACGAGUUCAAAAUCCA